AUGGAGGGCGACGUCGGCUUCGACCCCCGCAUCAGGACCCUCAUCGACCAGCGCCGCUGCGUCAGGCCCAGCGAGGGCAAGCUGCGCUUCGUCGAGAUCCACGGCCUCUCCUACGACGAUCUCGUCGACUACGAGGUGUCCUUGGCCAAAAUCUGGGGCAACAAGACCUACACCGACGCGGGCCUGCUGCCGGACGAUGUGCCCCACGUAUUCCUCGUCGACCCCAACCACCACUACGUUGUCUACUUCUUCCAGGGCUCGAAGCUCUUCGGCUUGGACAUGCGCGAGAAGAAUGUCGUCGCCUGCAAGGAAUGCCUGAUAGACCGUGAUCAACUCAGGUUCCCAUCCUCCCGCCCCAUCGUCGAUGCCUGGGAGCUACCGCCACCGCCAGCCACGCUUCCAGGAGACAACGACUCUUUCACCAGAUGGAUUACAACUGCACAACGUGUAUGGAUGAUAGAAUAG